UAUGCACGUCGUUAUCAGACUUCAAAAUCAUGGAUGUAGGAAUCAUAAGUUUUGGUGGAUAGUAGUGGCUCCAAGAAAACGAAAUAUUAAAGGUAGAUUUAUAGAGCAUCUUGGAUAUUGGGUACCUCAUGAAAGAAAGGUAGUACAAAGAUCAGUCAUUCUGAAUAAACCUAGAAUAAGAUACUGGUUGGCUAUGGGAGCAGGAGUGACUCCAAAAGUGCAUAGAUUUUUGUCUUGGAUCGAUUUAUUACCAGCUCCCCUAAUUAAAUUUGGAUCAAAGACUUUAUAUGAAAAACCCAAAAUACCUAUUUCAGUAGAUACAUUCAAACCCUUUAACAGGCCUUUUUAAAGCUCUAUUGAUUAUCAAUUUUUAGACAAAAUAAAUGAAAAUUAAGUGAAUAAUGAUUUGAAAAGAAAAAUUUUAUAUUCUUAAUAAAAAGUAGAAGAAAUUCCUCCAACUUCAGUAGAAUUAGAAAAGGAAUGGGAAAGAUUGAGAGCUGAAGUAUAUUAAAUUGAGAAAGACAAUAAAGCAGCAAAUCCAGAAAAGAAAGAGCUAGUUUUCAAAAAGAUUAAUGAGAUAGCCAAAUAAUGGUUUACAGAAAAGUAAAUGGAAGGUUUAAAACAACUUUCUUAAGAGAAAGCUGAAAUCAAAGUAGAUAAUAAAAAUUUGAAAGAAUAAAUAAUGAUCCAAAAUUUGGCUAUACAAACAUAAAAGUCACUUGAAGAAAAAUCAACUUGGAUUAAUGGUAUAAUAAUAUAUAAAUUAAGAUUUAAUUCCUUUAAGUUAAGAAGAGGCCUUCAGAUAUGUUCUAAAAGUAAGAAAAAGAGUUAAAAAUGCCAGAAUUGUUCUUAAAAGAAUUUAUGAUUUUGCCUAUGCUUAAAGCUAAGUAGUGAGUAGAGCCUUUAUAGAUGAUUUUUUGAGAAAUAGAAAUAAUAGAUAGAAAAUAGUCCCAAACGAUUAACAUCAAGAUUAAAAGCAUGACAUUAUUGAAACGUAAUGAUUCCUUAAUUUAUUUAUAGAAUGCAUUAUAUCCCUGUUAAUAGACCUGUACAUCCACUACCUGAUUUUGAAGCCUAUGAUCCUGAGGAAUAUACAGAUGUAAAGAGGCAAUCAGAAUAACUUAUAAAGAAUAAAAGUAAUCGAAUUAAUUUAUUGUAAGGUUAUAGCAUUCCGAAUGUUUAUUUAGAACCUGAUUAGCUGGAACCUUAAAUAAAUAGAGAAGUGGGUGGAUACAUAAAAGGUUAGGGUGGUAGAAAGACUAAUGCUAGGGGAAUGGCUAAAAUAAGCACUUUGAGGAAAAAGGAAAAGAAUGCUUAUUAAGCUAGAUAUGGUAUUGGCAAAUGAGUUU